CCGCCCCGCCCCUCCCGUCCGCGCCCCGCGCUCGUGUGACCGGAGCGGCGGGAGUCGGUCCGCGCCCGCCGCGGAGGCCCCGAGCCCGCACUCACACCGCCGCCCGCGGACGGGGCAGGGGAGGGAGGCCAGGCGGCCUCCCGGGCGCCCGGCACCAUGAGCAUCGAGAUCCCGCCGGGCCUCACCGAGCUGCUGCAGGGCUACACGGUGGAGGUGCUGCGGCACCGGCCGUCCGACCUGCUGGGCUUCGCCGCCGACUACUUCGCCCGCCUGCGGGAUGCCCGCGACCAGGAGGCGGGCGGCGGCCGCAGGGUGGUCAGUUUCGACGGGGAGCCCAUGCAGACCGAGUCCAACGGCGACGAGGAGCCCGAGCGCGGCGACGAGGACUCGGACUCCGACUUCGAGCCUCCAGUUGUUAACCGAUACAACAGAAGAGUAUCAGUUUGUGCUGAAGCUUUCAAUCCAGAUGAAGAAGAAGAAGAUACAGAACAAAGGGUAGUUCAUCCAAAAACUGAUGAACAGCGAUGCCGACUGCAGGAAGCUUGUAAAGAUAUCCUGCUCUUCAAAAACCUAGAUCAGGAGCAGCUGUCUCAGGUCCUUGAUGCCAUGUUUGAGAGGAAGGUGAAACCUCAGGAACAUGUGAUUGACCAAGGUGAUGAUGGAGAUAACUUCUAUGUCGUUGAGCGGGGACUGUAUGAUAUUGUUGUAGCAAAAGACAACCAGUCGCGCUGCGUGGGCCGCUACGAUAAUCAUGGCAGCUUUGGGGAACUGGCAUUGAUGUACAACACUCCUAGAGCUGCCACCAUCGUUGCCACAACAGAAGGAGCCCUUUGGGGACUGGAUCGAGUGACAUUCAGAAGAAUUAUACUGAAAAAUAACGCAAAGAAGAGGAAGACGUAUGAAUUAUUUAUUGAGUCUGUGCCCCUUCUUAAAUCCUUGGAGGCAUCAGAGCGAAUGAAGAUAGUGGAUGUUAUAGGAGAGAAAGUGUACCAAGAUGGGGAACGUAUCAUUUCUCAGGGCGAUAAAGCAGAUUGUUUUUACAUUGUAGAAUCUGGUGAAGUAAAAAUCUUGAUUAAAAGCAAGACUAUGACGAGUAAAGAAGCUAACCAAGAAGUGGAGAUUGCCCGGUGUCACAGAGGGCAGUAUUUUGGAGAGCUUGCACUUGUUACCAACAAACCCAGAGCAGCCUCUGCCUAUGCUGUUGGGGAGGUCAAAUGUUUAGUCAUGGAUGUGCAAGCAUUUGAGCGGUUGCUUGGACCCUGCAUGGACAUUAUGAAGAGGAAUAUAACGCAUUAUGAGGAGCAACUGGUGGCAAUGUUUGGCUCUAGCAUGGACCUGUUGGAUCCAGGGAAUUAGGCACAGGGUACCUCAAUGCCUUUUUAGUUCAAGACACAGAAAAGCCUCCUAUCAGCAACACAACUCACAAGGACAACGGACACUAUGGAACAGUUACUGCUGCUGUUUUCUUGGGCAUUUUAGAAACCAUAAACAAGUCUCAGCACAGAUGGAUUGCUCACUCCCUGCCUCCACUUUGCUGCUGAUACUUCAUUAUUAGACCUAGAUUAAAGAUGAUUCUAACCCUAUGUUCACUUACUUGGUUCAGAAUGGCAUCUGUCCAACAGUUCAAGUGCCUGAUAUGAAACCCAAAGUGUGCAAGAUAUAGAAGCCUCCUUCCUUCUGAGUGUUACUGUUGGGAUAAAUUUUCCAAUCAGAUUCUGUAGUGGGAGGUUGCCUGUUCUGCAGAGGCAGCCUGUGGAAUACAGGCCUUUCAUGGACUUACUACCUUCAUCUGAUGCUUUCCUUACACAAUGUCAAAUUUGCUUUUAAUUAUAGCAUCUGGGUUUGAAGUUAAAAUAUCAGUGGAGCCAGUGAAUAAGAUGGCACUGAAAUUUCUGUCCACCUGCUGAAAGUGGCAGGUACUAAAUAGCUCUUUAAACCAAGUAAACCGAGCUGGGGACAUAGGAGAGUCUGCUUAGCAACCAGAUGCAGAAAAUGAAGCAUUACUAUACUUUAAGUGUUUUCUGAGCAGCAAAGAAAAUUGUUUUACUCUAUGCUGCCCAAAAAAGUGCAGUGGUUCAGAUCAAAAAUGGCCUGAAAGUGUCAUAAUUGUCAUCUCCCCAAACUUGCUCCUUGUUCCUGACACUGAGUACAUUUUAUGGUGGUGAGAUCACAACGUAUGACCUUCUCUUGCUUACAGAGAUCCUUUAUACUGCUAGAUUUCCCAGGGCACAGUUGUUGACUGGGUCAGUUUUAAAGCUUUUUAAGGAGGUGAAUGUUUUGUAAUUUAAAUGAAGACUACUUCUGUACUUGUUUACAGGAGCUUCCCCCAGUCCUAACAUUUCACAGUAUUCUAACUUCAUUAGACACUUGGUUGCUUCCAAAUACCACAUUGAUUUGCUAAACUUUUCAAAAGUUGGCAACAUUUGACUUUGUAAAGCAAAUGUCUUUGCUAACUACGCAGUUGGUGUGUUUGAGGAGUCUUUUUGGUCUAGGUGAUAACUAAGCUAAUCAUGUUUAUCUAAAAUACCUGUUAAAUUUGCAGCAUUUAUUAGGUAGAUUCUUGUUUCUAUAGCUUUAAUGACCUUAAUUGGCAUAUGGCUGAGAUUUUAUCAGAGUAUUAUCUAAAUAAGAAUCAGACCAUAAGAAGGACAUUUUUAUGGUGUACAAACAGAAUAUUUAUAUUAAGACAUUGAUUUUGGAGGUAAUAAAUCUAGUGACCCUUUGAAUUUGCAUUCUUCCACAGCUCAUGCAAAACGUACUGGUGUUUUAUGGGGUUAUAAAAUUUUAAUUGUGAAUGCUAGUGUAACAGAACCUGCUCUUUUUAUUCAUGGCCAUGUGAGCAAGAAUGGAAGGAUGCUAAUCUUGAAUUCCUGCUUUUAGUUAUCACAGUGGAUGUUUCUCUGAGGCACGAGAUGCUUAGCAGCAACUCUAAGUUGAUUUCUGGACACUUCCCCACCCCCCCCAAUGGAUUUUCCUCCCAUUUCCUGCAAUAUGAGCAAGAUGGAAAGUUGAUCAAUUUGAAUGGCUGUUGUCCAGUUACUGUAAUUUCAGUCAUAUUUUUAUAUAAUGCAAAUGAUUUGUAAUGGACACCACUGAUCUCGGUGUUUCCAUAUUAUUAAAGUCCUGGUUGUGAUGUCUA